GUCGUCUUAAGGCAAUGAAUUAAUUUUUGAAUCGUUUGACAGUGGAGUAUACAAUAUCAAUGAUUUUCAAACUGGGGGGAGGGGGCUUUAAUACUUUUUUUAGGGUCGCCAAAAAACUUGGUGACAUUUUAUAAAAAUAGAGGGUCUUGACCUCAAUAAUAUCGAGCACAUAUCUCAAACGCUAUUUGCGCCUAUGGGCAUACCUAUAAAUCUAUUAUAUAGUGUACCUAUUAUUUUAUUACUAAAGGUUAGGUUAGACGUAUAAUAUCUCCAGCACGUGACCCGGACACGAGUUAUGAAACGAUUGCGAGGGCGGGGGCUAAUCCAAUACGCACAAAAUAUGUGAAAUACCAGAAUUAUAUAUUAAUAACAAGGUACCUACUUAGCUGAUAUAACCCGGGUCUGCUGCGGACAUAAAAUUAUUUGUUGUUACCACAUCGUCACUGUAAUGACGAAAAGGCGUAACUAUAAUAACAUUAUAUACACAUAGGUUUUCCAAUACAAAUUCAGAAACGCCUUUCUGCAGUCGUUACAGUGACUGGAAAAUAAUAUAUAUAUUUCGUAGGUAUGUAAUUUAUACUUAACAUUUAACCUGUGACGUUCUGACAUAUUUUAUACGAGGCAAUGCGUUUGAAUGUAUUUUACAGGCCGGCAUAACUUCGGGUUGUAGAUAACUAAAGCGGGUGGGUACCUACUCAAAUACCUACCGUAGCCGGUGUAUUAUGUCAUUUUGUUGUGAAUACGAUAAAUCAUCGACGAUAGCGCGGACGACGACGACUUUGCUGCAGGAUAGGUACCGCGGUCCUGGUUAUGAUAUUAUUAUUGUUAUAUUAUAGCGAUGCGAUCGGAAGUUCCACUUUCGAUUUCCACUGUCGCGGCGGCGGCGGCGGCGGUAGCUACAACAGGACGUGUAGAGGGAACGGGAAAUCGAGUCUGCGGGGACCGGUUCCGCGUGUGGCGGUCCGCCGCAGCGAGUUUGCGGCUUUCAUUCGUCACGCGACAACCGUAUAGUAUAAUAUUGGUACGCGCGACGACGACGUCACCCGCGCACGUCGCCGCCGCCGCCAGACUCGUGUCGGGCAUUCAAGUCUCCGAUCGCGAUUUUGUCAUUUAUUUUAUUUACUUUACCGUCCACCGGCCAGCAAGUCGCACGCGGCCGACUGUAAUAUUUUAACGCGUCGUCAUAUUAAUUUUACGUUUCGCUUUUAUAAUAAUAUUAUUAGGUGUUAUUAUCGAUGGUAAUAAUAAUAUAAUAGUAUAUAGGUUAAUAAUAGCUAAUAUUUUCGCCACAUCCGUAUCGGUUGAAAUACACGUUUCCGCCGCCGAGUGACCAAAUUAUAUUAAUAUUACCGCGAACGUGGUAUACGCUGUACAGUGGUAUACUCUAGUGGUAUAAUAAUGCUCUGCACUUUACACGAUCUGUUUCCAAUGGGAUCUCAGUAGUCAUCGUGGUGCUGGGGACCAUAAUUACUAAUUAUGUUGUUGUCUCAGACACGUCGUGUGAAGUCUUCCGCUGCUGCGGUACGUCGUUCAUCGGAAAUCGCCCGCCUGACGUACCUGUUCUACUGUGUGUUCCAACUCGCCAUUUUGGGAACGGUAGCGUCCAAAAUCGACGGAGGAUGGGACACGGAGCCGAACACGCAGUACCAUAUACAGACGGAUGAAGGGCCCGAAAGGUAUUUCAAGUAUCAGACCAUUAGUGGUCAGUACCGUAAGGAGAGGCGACUGCAAGAUGGAAGCGUGGUCGGAACGUACGGCUGGGUAGACGCAGACGGUUAUUUGAGACUCAACGACUACGUAGCCGAUUCGAAGGGUUACAGAAUAGUGAAGAACAAGAAGCUGUUCGUCGGCACUCAGACGCCCGUCAGUCAAGCCGUAUCGGCGGCCAAGUACGUGCCACCGAUAGCCGGCACGGCCGUCUCGGUGUCACCGUACCGGUCGGCCACGGCCGCGAUUGUAACCCGGCCGGCAGCCGUCGUAGCGGUCACUCGAGCGCCGCCCAGCGAAUCUUCGUGGCGCGGUUCGCCGUUCGUGUACCCGUCCGACACCCAAUCGUCGCCAUUGCGGUUCCCUGCGGCCGGGUCACCGCCACGCUCGGUGGCCUCUCAGUUCCGGCGGCCGCAGCCUAGCAGCACCGCGUCCCCCGCCGCCGACUAUAACUAUUCCGUGCGGCCGGUGGACGUCAACUCGAUCGCGGGCACCGCGGACGGCGGAGACGGUGACGACGACGACGCGCGACGACGACCGUACAGACGGCGUUCGUCGUCGUCUUCGUCCACUGCGGCCACGGUCGCGGCGUCCACGGCCGCGGAACAGCAGCCGCUGUACGAGCAACCGUUGCGGCCGCAAACGUUCCGGCCCGCGUACCGCAAGGUGGUGGACAUGUCAGCCAGGACGACGCCGGGACCGCCGGCAGAACAGGCGCAGUACGACGGCGUGUCGUUCGUCCGGAACGGCUUCAAGUACUACCUGCCCCGGCACUACCACGAGGAACAGUCGGACGACGUGGGUGACACGCGCGCGGGCAGCUUCGGUUACGUGGACCCGUUCGGCAUCAGGCGGGUAGUCUACUACAACACGGCGCCCGGCACCGGGUUCGUGCACCGUAAGAACAACCGUUACGUGGGCCUCGACGCCGAGCCCUACGACCCACGUCCGUCGCAGUGAUCGGGCCAUCGUACCGCCGACGACGGGUCCUGUCCGACAAUGUAUUAUAAUAAAGGCGAGUGUCCGCUAAACGCGUUGUAACCAUGGUAAGAACGUGGUUAAUCGCUCAGUAACCUAACCUAACCGACCGAUCGCAUUUCAAGGAUUUACGCAAACGCGUAUAUAGUGGAAGCCCGCCUUUAUAAAUUAUUAUUGGUCGUCGUCGUCGUCUUCGGGUUAGGUCUAGUAACACGGUGCACGUGUACAUAUUUAUAUAUAUAUAUACAGCAGAACCAUAACAAACCAUAACCCCGCACAGCCGGUCGCCCGGGGGAUGCGCGCGCAUGACGUAAUAAUAAUAGUAUUAUCGUAUGGUCACAUCAGCUAUCGCGUAAUAAUAUUAUAUUAUAGAUGGUUGUAUUAUUACACACACGAGCCAUAACGCGAAGUUAAAGAAUCAUCGUCCGUUCUCCUCCGGUGCAGCAGCAGCAGCGAUGCUCGUAGGUACCUAUAUAGGUAGGUAGUUGUAAUAAUGAUUAGCAUUUUUUUAUUAUUUUCUUUUUCUGCGAUCCCCUUACAACAAUUUUCAUUUGUUGCCUAUAUAAUAAUAUUCAAUAUAUAUAUAUAUAUAUAUAUAUAUGAUACUGUUAAUGAUAUAGAACAUGACUACCACUACUAUAUAGAAGGCGUCGUAUAAUACUAAGUAGAAAAACUCACAAUUUAUUAGAAUAUUAUAAGAUACACACUCAGAGACAAUCGGUGGGCGUGCGUUACGACUGGAGACUUGAUGUGGACCGCACAAUAGAAUACGUAAUAGGUAAUAAUAAUAUAUAAUAUGUAAUUAUUUUCAAAACAUCGCCAUUAGUGUCGCCGUUCGACGGUGACGAUAACCAGUAUAGGCUGAGUGUAGACUAUAAAUAUUAUUAUAGGCUCUGCUACAACCGUAGUGUUCGAUAAUUAAUUUUCAACUAUUAUAAUAUAGGCAGGUACGCAGCGCCCAGUGGUGUACUGAUAAGGUGCAGAGUAGGUGAAACAGCUAAUUGACCGAUAUACCGCGUGACCACAAAAACAGGGUACACAGAAAAAAGUGAAGUUGUUGCGCACGCGCAAGAGUUAAAAAAAUAUUAAGUCAUAGGAAUUAAUCAGCCAAUAGUUGUUUAGUCUUGUGUCCCGCGAACAGAGUUCAAAACUUUGUAUAGGGUAUUGAGCAAUAUAAGUAACUGAGUUAAAUAUAGUGUACCCUGCAGACUUUGUAGGCACACGGUAUAUUAUUUUGUCGGUUACUGUAUCAGAGACUGUUACCAAUAGAAUCGUUCUCCGGAAAUAUUUUAUCGAGUUU